AGUAGGUGGCGGAACCUCUUAAACACCACAGAAGAAGCCGAAAAGCAUCAACAGGAAGGUCUUUGUUACCAGCUUCUAUCGAGUUUUCAAACCAAAUAGAAUUCCACAGGCUUUUGCAGGAUGUUUCUAAUGUAAGAUUAGUCUAUAUGAGACGUUCAUUUGUCACAACUUAAAUCGAGUUUUGAUAUUUAAGAAGGUGUGGUCUAGCUUUUCUUUAUCUGAACGCUGUGACAAAGUAACUGUAGUAACUAGUAAAGUUGAAGAAAGAAUUCAGUAGCUUCCACGAUGGAUCAGGUCGCAGUUGUAAAUGAGAACUUGUUCUCAACUGGCCUACGUGGUUAAAUGAAGGACAGAGCUAGCCCAUCCCCCUCCAACCUGCCGGAGUCCCCUGGUCACAACUCUCCCGGUAGUGCCUUACUGCUGGAUCUGAAGAGGGUGUCUGUGCAGCUGGUCGACUGCAGGAAAACACCAGGGCAGAGUGGAACUGUGAGAGAAGGACACGAGGAGGGCGAUGGAGAUUUGAUUUCAUCAAGGGACACCCCUAACCGUCGUUCUCUCAGUGGGAGGGGCUUAUCAUCUGGGGAGCCUCAACAACAUCAUGUUGCUGACGAGACAGAGAAGAGUCUCUCCCAAUCAGAACAUCCCAAGAAACACCAGCAGAGACGUACAGGGAAGAAACCUCACCACUGCUGCUCUGACUGUGGGAAGAGUUUCACAAGCCAGAGUGGCUUCAUUAUUCACUGUGAUCAGUGUGGGAAGAGUUUUGCUGCAUCAAACACCUUCAAAUCUAAUGUAAGAAUUCAUACAGGGGAAAAGCCUUACCCCUGCCUUGAUUGUGGGAAAAGCUUUGUUAGUGCAGGAGCCUUAACCAUACACCAGCGUGUACAUACUGGAGAGAAGCCUUAUAGCUGUCAUCAGUGUGGGAAGAGCUUUAAUCAGUCAGUCAACCUGACUACACACCAGCUAAUACACACAGGAGAGAAGCCUUAUAGAUGUGAUCAGUGUGGAAAGAGCUUUUCAAUAUCAUCAAAACUAACCAUACACCAGCGAAUACACACAGGAGAGAAGCCUUAUAGCUGUGAUCAGUGUGGAAAGAGCUUUGCUGUAUCAGAAAAACUAACUAUACACCAGCGAAUACACACAGGAGAGAAGCCUUAUAGCUGUCAUCAGUGUGGGAAGAGCUUCAAUCAGUCAGUCAACCUGACUACACACCAGCGAACACACACUGGAGUGAAGCCUUACAGUUGUGAUCAGUGUGGAAAGAGCUUCAAUCGGACAGGCAACCUGACUAAACACCAGCGAAUACACACAGGAGAGAAGCCUUAUUGCUGUGAUCAGUGUGGAAAGAGGUUUGCUGUAGUUUCCACCCUGACUGCACACCAGCGAAUACACACAGGAGAGAAGCCUUAUAUCUGUGGACAGUGUGGGAAGAGCUUUGCUCUAUCAGAAACACUAACUAGACACCAGCGAACACACACUGGAGAGAAGCCUUAUAGCUGUGGACAGUGUGGGAAGAGCUUCAAUCAGUCAGGCAACCUGAUUGCACACCAGCGAACACACACUGGAGAGAAGCCUUAUAGCUGUGAUCAGUGUGGGAAGCAUUUCAGACAGUCAGGGACCCUUUAUUCACACCAGCAAACACACACUGGAGAAGGAACCUUAUGUCUGUCUAGGUGGGAAGAGCUUUGUUUAUUUAGGGCCAAUGAGGAAACCAGAAAGCACAAACUUGCUGUAUUUCAUCUCCCUCCCUUCCAGCACCGGUUCCAGAUCCCUAAAUAAAGGAUCAGUAGAAAACAUCUAGUGAACAGUCAUAUCCAUCUCCCAUUCUUAAACAGUUGACUUAGUCUGAUCACCAUGGUAACCUCUGUGCAGCAUAAUAUGCAGCUCUGAUCUAGGAUCAGGUCUCCCCUGUGUCUAUGUAAUAUCACACAUUGGGAUCUAAAUGGAUAAAUGUUAUUAUAGAAAAUGUCAUAGUGAACCUGUUUGUGUGGUGGGGUGUUGAUAAUUGUAUCUUUCAUCUACUCAUGAUACUAUUAUUAUUACAUGUCAUUAUGUAGAAUAAUGUUUCAACAAUAGGUGUAUAUUCAUGUAUUCAAUUGAUCAAUACAUUCAAUCCAUUAUCUUCUAAACAAGAAGUUAGUACUUAAAUUGUAUAUUUUAUAUAUCUAUAUUGAUUUAAAAUGCUCCUUACAGUAAUCAAUAAUACGUUAAAUAAUAUCCUUGAGGUCAAGGCAAGAACUAUUUAGACACUGCUGUGUCUUGUAACAACGGUUAAUGUAAUAACUUUUAGAUUUAUAAUGUAAUAAAACCGGUAAAUGUAAUAUCUUGUUGCUUAAUAUGAUAAAAUGUUGAAUUGUCAUAAAAUAACUUUUUCCACUUAAUCUAACAAGUUACGGUAUCUACUUUUUUUUUAUGAAAAAUGUAAUAACUUCAACCGAUCAUGUAAUAACACCUGAACCAAUGUUAAUGCACAUACCAUCCUCCACCAAUUACAAACCCACACACACAAACCUAUGCACUUGUACUCUAACACAUACACACAGUUAUAGACACGCAUUGAUUUGAAAAAAAAUAAAUCAACAAUUAAUCUAGUUCUUAUAGUCAAUGAGACAGGGUGCUCGGUCAGGCAAGAGGAAGAAGGAUUGGGAAAGUAACUGCGAAUAACAAUAAACUGAACUCCACCUAGCAGAAACAUCUUUGUAUUAGCAACUAUUACUUAUUAGUUUAUAUUGUAGUAAAGUUAAGGGGUGUCACCUUGGGCGGGGUGAACCAUACUAGGGGAUAAAAAGGGAAAACACUAUCUUGAGAACUGAGUGUGUUGUUUGCAAAUUGCUGUAAGUGUAAACUCCGGGUUGCAAUCCUUAUUAAACAAACUAACCUCUGAUCAAAUAA